CUCGAAUAGGAUGCCUUUGCUUUUAUACACUUUUAUAAGAUCCGCAUUUCACUUUAAUCUGUCUGCGGUUUUCUUGUAAUAAGUACAGGUUAACAAUCAUUAAUAGGAUAAAAAAGUCAUUGAUUCCUGAAUACAAAAUCAAGUCAUUAAUACUUCAAAAAGCAGAGAUAUCAAGGUCAGUAAACUACAAACUUCUAGAGAAGGGCUUUCAAAUCAUUCACAUACAGUCAUGAAAGAUGAUAUUUUAAUGGCAGCAAGGACAAAGGCGUUGAAUGGAUUACGAUUUGUAUUAAUUUUGGAUGUUUUGGCACUCUUCCUAGGCUCAAUAGGAAAUAAGAAACUAAAAAUCCUUCAACUAGCAUAUCCUAGUUCCUGGUCAUUAUCUCCAAAACUUUGGACACCUAUAAGAAUUGUUAUUUUAAUUUUCGACUGUUUGUUCACAGCAGGAAUCGCUAAUGAAUAUGAUGAUGUUCUACAAGCAGUUUUUCAGCUAAGUAAUAGAUUAUGUGUUUCAAGCUUUUCUGAAGUAGCCGGGACUCUGUUUAUGAAAUUUCAAGGAUCAUGGUUCUGUGCUAUUUUUUUUAUGAUUUCUUCCUACAAUUCAUUUUCAAUGAUCCGUUCCUUACACAAAAUGAGAAAUAGUUGGGACCUACUAGUCAUUAUUGGACUCCCUACAAAAAUUCAUUUUGUUUACAGUCUUUUUCAGGCUAUUCAUUAUCUCGAGUUUUCUUCAUCUUUCUUAGUGGAAUUACCUUUUACCUUCCACAUUUUCUCAUGUGUCGUUUUGUUGCUUUUUUUGGGGAAUCUAAUUCAUAAAAGUCGUGAUUUUUUCUUGGGAUUUUGCUCAGUCUUUUUUGUCCUUCUAAGCAACUCUAAUCCUUUUAUCUUUAAAAGGCCUCUGUUAUUUUAUACGAAUUUAACUCUAAGCUUAUUACUCUUACUGGAAAGCAUUGUUUAUGUGAUGAUUGAAAAAGAAAAGAUAAAAGGGGUAUCGGAAUCCGAGUAUUUGUAUGAUAGCGAUUCUGAAUAAAUAAAGCAUUUCAUUAUAAAACAAAUAUCCAUCUAUAGAUGAAGCAAAUCGUCGCG